AUGACUGAUGAAGAUAGUGGUGUGGUUUUAUUUGAUUGUUCCGUAAGAUUAUAUUGUUAUGCUGAUAUUGAUUCAAUGUGUGCUGCUGAAAUAUUGAAAAAAUUAUUUUUCCAAGAACACGUCAUUUGGACCUUAAAACCAAUAAGAACUUACGAUGACUUUGAUAGACGGGAUUUUAAACCAAGUCCAGAUACGAAAUCGUUACGAGCUAUAAUUUUAUUGAAUUUUGGAUCAAACUUGGAGCUUGCCAGAGAGUUUGAUCUAACAGACAAUCCGCACGUAAAUAUUUAUGUGAUCGAUAGUCUCCACCCAGUCAAUUUGACAAACCUUUAUGAUAGAAAUUCUAAUAUAUUUAUUGUGUAUGACGAAGAGUCAUCGGAAUAUCCGGAAUAUAUAACGAAGGCUUUAAAGAAGGAAAGUGAAGAAGAGUUUCAAUAUAAUUCCGUUUUUACAGAUGAUUUCGGACGUCCAAUAACAUUGGAUGAGGCAGACAAUAUCGAAAAAGAACCUAAAAGACGUUAUGGAACUUCAAUUGCGUUAAUGACGUAUAUGCUUGCUUCAAAACUUCUGCUCAAGGAUAAUAACAUGUUAUGGUGA